CCCGUUUGCGGCUGCGUCGGCGGCCAUUUUGCGUUCGGGCAGGGUAGGGCGGGCGGUGGCUACAGCCGGCGGCCAUUUUGGAUGGGGUCGUGCGUGAGGGCGGCGGAGCCGUUAGAAAUCGGUGGGACAGGUGCCCACUUCACCCCACAUGUGAUAACGACACCCAAAGAUGUACAGCAUGUGAACAGUUUGCAGCUGCUGUGUUAGUAGCAGUUUUCAGUUCCUGAUUCCCACUGUGUUCCAAAUUUGCUUGCCACCGGAAGCUGCUUCUUAGCUAAGGACCAGCCUACACUGACCUAUCAUGGCAUCCAACAAGUUUGUCAUUAAGUGUGGGAACUUUGCUGUUUUGGUGGAUGUUCAUAUUUUGCCUCAAGGCUCCAGUAAAGACACCAGCUGGUUUUCAGAUCAUGAGAAAGAGAACGUCUGCAUGCUGCUAGAGGAAGUGAUUACUUCAAGGGUCAAACAGUACUUGGAGGCACCUAAAGGACGUGGUCAGUGGAAGUCAAUGGAACGUGCACCAUCUGGUCCUCUGUUUCUUACUGCCAACAGUUUGCACAUUACUGCCUACUUUAUGAAGAGAUGGGUUAAUCUCCGUUGUGCUGUAGGGAAACGUUAUCGUGACCUGCGUGUGUUUCCAGACAGAUUUAUAGUGUGCGUCAGUAAACUUGACUCUAAUCCAAGCGAUUGGACAUGUGACGAUGAUGUAUUGAAAGAAGAACUUUCCAGUGGGACGUCUGAAUAUUUUACUGAAUCUGCUGAGAACAAGAAGGUGGAGAUUAGUCUGAAUGAACAAAUAAAGCAAGGCAUCUUGAAAGAAAUUGUGAAAAGGACAAAACUGAAGCAAAGUAGCACAAGCAAACCUCUGAUCAGCAAGGACUCCAAGAAGGUGUCCCUUGGCUCAGUGGACUCGCAGACAGGGAACAGGAAGAACGACUGUCAGACUUCUCUCAGCCCUCAAUCUGAAGUGACAUGCAGGAGGAGUCCAGGACUGCUAAAGGACUGCACAAAUACAAUUGAGAGCAACUUGGAGCUUCCUGUUUUAGAGCUGGAAAAUUAUAUUAAUCAGAGACAGACAGAUGGUGUUAGCAGCCAGAAAAAACCUCACUCUGUGGAGUGGUUGAAGUCGAGUCUUCUGAGCGAGAACCCUCCGUGUAGCUCUGAGUCAGCACUGCUAGGUCCAAAGCGAAGUCAAAAAGUGACCAAAACACAGGCUCAACAAAAGACCUGUGCUCCAGAAGAAAAGCUAGAGCAUUUUGGAAAAGUAUCCUCUGAAGGGACUCCUUUAAUUCCUAGCAAUGCAGAGAUGAGUAAAUGUGAUGAUGGUUGUUUAGGUCCAUUCUUGGAGGAGAAGACCCCACUUAAUUCCGGGUUGUUUUCUAAGCGAGACAUGACAAAGGCUGCAUCUGAUGAGGAGUCACUAAGGAAAAACCUCUCCCAGCCUCUUUCUGUGGGGAACAAUAUAGCACAGACAAGCCAAAAUGAGCCAAGCACAACCCCUGAAGAUGUGAUGCCACCAUCAUGUAUAGAGCUGCAGCUUGUGCCUUCAGAGAAGCUUAGCCAGAAAAGGAAAAAAGAAGUUGAAAAUGGUCUCAGGAAGUUAAAACUCCGAAGGCUUAAAAAGUCAUAAAGUCUGAAAUGCUACCUUGACAAUGUGGGUGGACAGCCAAACUUGUGUUUGGAAAGGAUAUGCAAAAAGUAGAAAGCAAUUCAAAACAAAAAAUAAUCAAAAUACACAGUAAAAAUGAGAUAAAACUGUUAAAGAAAAUGUAGGUAAUGAGUAUCUUAGUCAUAAUUCUAAUGAAGGUAAUUCUUUAGGGAUUAAUAUUAAUAUUGUAUGAAUGAGGGUAGUAUUUAUAGAAAGAAAAAUCUCUUACACAGUAAUAUUUACCAAGGAAAAUUUUAGAUGUGUUAUGUUUCAGUACUAUUAAAAAGUCAUAUCAGCUGAUGACAGCCAAAGUUAAAUCCACUUUUGUGAUCUGUUAGCAGCUGCAGUGAUUCAGUGUUUUGCUUGUUUCAGGACACUGCUUUAGUAAAAAUUAAUUCUUCCUUUCUCUCUGCAUUAGGCCGUGGUUUAUUCACAUGAUCUUUACAAGUAGGACAAACUGAGCUCAUUUCAGAUAAAACUUUAACCAGGAUUUAAUGUUGCUGGUAAUUUUCAGCGGGGUUUCAAAAUAACAACAGUUUGUGCAGUUUUGAUGUGAACGUUUAUUCUUAGCCCAGGCUGUGGAUACAAGUGAUCGUGCAUUCAGCCUUUGGAGAAAUGAAUAUUGUUUUAUAUAUGCAGUCACCUGCAUAUGCAGACCUUGCUGUUGGGAAGAGGUCUUUAUAUGUGAACAGACUUAGUUGUUACUGUAAGAUAGAGAGAAUUUUUAAUUGCACAGUGUUUUUUCAUACUGCUUUUGUAGCAUAUAUGUGAAUUACCUAAGGAAAUGUAACUUUUUAUUUCAUGCUUAUCUUUUUAUAUAUUUAGAAUAAAAUUAUAAGCAGUUUUAUCAUUCUCUUCAAA